UAUAAGAUCCAGCGUGAUUUACAAGAAAUGUGUUGAUUUUUAAAAUUGUAUUAUAACGGGUGUCUCAUUAUACCUCACACUUAGGCUGAGCAGAUUUUGGCUUGUUAGACAUUCUGUUAUUCUGUGGUCCUGAUGAUUGAAUCAGUAAGUUCCUCAACCACACUACAGGGCGCGGUAACCCAGAAGACAGCCAUCUUCAGACUCACAGCCGUGAUAACCUCAAAUUUUGCAACGAUAAACUGUUUGAUGCUGUUUACGAAAGUACUCGCUGUUUGUUCCGGAAAUUAUACAGAACACACGAAUGUACUCAGUGAGAAAAAUACAGAGUUAUGGAAUGUUAAAACGUACAUUGUAAUGAGUCCACCUCAGAAUCCCAACCAGACAGUUCCAUCAGCCACAACGAAGCUGGCGGUGGAUAAGAUGGAGCUGGUACGCCCUGAUCUUCCCAGCCGCUGCACGUGGCACCUGGGGAUGGACCCAAAGAAAUCUCCCCACACCCACACUGGACGGAUAGAAAGAAAAAACAUUUUGCCAAACAUACUUUCUUUUGUUGGAAAUACUCCUAUGGUACGCUUAAAUAACAUCCCAAAAUCUUUUGGCUUCAAGUGUGAGAUGGUGGCAAAGUGUGAAUACUUAAGCCCAGGAGGAAGUGUAAAGGACCGCAUUGCGGUCAGAAUGGUGGAGGAUGCUGAAAGGAAGGGACUCUUGAAACCUGGAGAUGUUCUGAUUGAACCCACUUCAGGGAACACAGGUCUGGGCUUGGCAAUGGCCGCUGCUGUGAAAGGGUACCGCUGCAUCAUGGUAAUGCCUGAGAAGAUGUCGAACGAGAAAGUGGAUGUGUUGCGAGCCCUCGGAGCCGAGAUCGUUCGGACACCCACCUCUGCUUCCUUCGACUCUCCGGAAGGGCUCAUCAUGGUUUCACAACGACUCAACAAGGAGAUCCCCAACUCCAUCAUCUUAGAUCAGUAUCGCAACGAAGGCAAUCCGUUGGCUCAUUACGACACGACAGCCGAGGAAAUCAUACAGCAGUGUGAUUACAAGGUGGACAUGCUGGUGGUUGCUGCCGGUACAGGGGGCACAAUCACUGGUCUCGCUCGCAAAGUCAAGGAACGUUGCCCUAACUGCAAGAUUGUGGGUGUUGACCCCGAAGGCUCCAUUCUUGCUCAGCCAGAAGAGCUGAACAAAACUGAUGUUUCGUUUUAUGAAGUUGAAGGAAUCGGAUAUGAUUUUGUACCGACAGUAUUGGAUCGCUCUGUUGUGGACAUGUGGGUGAAAUCUAGUGACAAAGAAUCUCUGCUGAUGGCAAGGAGACUUAUAAAAGAGGAAGGAUUACUGUGUGGUGGCAGCAGUGGAUCUACUGUGUCAGCGGCUUUGAAGGUGGCAGCCGGCUUGAGAGAAGGACAGCGUUGUGUUGUUUUGCUGCCAGAUGGAGUGCGUAACUACAUGACCAAAUUUCUCAGUGAUCACUGGAUGAAAGAACAUGACUUUAUUGAAGAUACGGACCUGAAUGAUCACUGGUGGAGUAAACUGAAGGUCGCUUCUCUGAACUUGGAACCUCCACUGUCAAUCUUACCGACUGUCACAUGUCAAGAAGCUAUUGACAUAAUGAAGAAAGAAGGUUUUGAUCAGCUUCCUGUUGUCGAUGACACGGGGGUCGUUCAAGGCACGGUGACGCUAGGAAAUCUGGUGACGAGAAUGGUGAACAGUAAAGUUUUGCCAACAGACGCAGUGGAAAAAGUGCUGUAUCGUCAAUUUAGAAAGAUAAAAUUGGACGCGACUCUGGGCCGACUCUCAAGAAUCUUGGAGAAGGAUCACUUUGUGCUCGUCGUCCAUCCUCAAAUACUUUGUAAAAUUAUUUCAGAUACCGACCAAGAAGCCACGGAGAGCCGCGACGUCAUCAUCGGUAUUGUGACUCCCAUUGAUCUCCUCAGUUUCAUCACAGACAAAGACAAUAGAGAAAGGAAAAUGGCUUAUGAGAAUGGUGCGGAGCGCGGUUCUGAAUCGGAGUAAAAUUCUGCUUCACGGUGCUUGUAGAGAAAUGUUUUUUUCCAGCCUACGGUUCGCAGGUAGUAUGACCACGUUCCAGCUAUUUGGAAAUACCUCCGUGAUUCUAUUCAGCUUAAAAUUAAAAAAAUAUCUUUUUUUAAA